AUGAUUCCGAACGAGAGUGAGGACUGCCUGUUCCUCAAUGUCUACACUCCGUCCUCCUCCAGCGGUCAGCGACCGGUCUUAGUGUUCAUCCACGGCGGUGGUUACAGUGCUGGGUUUGGAGAUGAAGGUCUCUACGGCAGCCAGUACUUCAUGACGGAGGACGUGGUGGUCGUAACCUUCAACUAUCGCCUGGGAGUGCUCGGAUUUUUCAGUAGUGGCGAUCAAGCCGCGGCCGGCAACUGGGGUCUCAAGGACUGCAUCAUGGCGUUACGCUGGGUUCAGGAUCACAUCGCGGCAUUCGGAGGCGAUGCGGGCAGCGUCACGAUCUACGGUGAAUCGGCUGGUGCUGCUAUUGUCGACCUGCUCCUCCUAUCGCCACUGACGGGUGGAUUGUUCCACCGCGCGAUCGCUAGCAGCGGAUCGCCCUUCAACUCGUGGGCCUUCCAACCGAAUCCAGUCCAUUACGCGAAACGCUUGGCGGAAGUACUGGACCUGGAGACCACCGAUACGACUGCUAUGGUGGCAGCUCUCCGGCUGGUUCCGUACAGGGCGUUGAUCGAGCAACAGGAAGAUGUGUACUCGAGUGCACCACUACUGGGGCCUCUCGAUUUUGGUCCGGUUGUCGAGCCACUAGACGCUCCCGGACCAAUCGUCCUGCCACGGACGCCGAUGGAGCUCAUCGAGGACGGUGCGUACCAGGCGGUUCCUCUGUUGACUGGGUUCAACAACUUGGAGUCGAUACUGUUAAUAGUACAGGAGGACUUCACUUCCACGUUCAACGCGCAUCCGCACUUAUUGGUGCCGAUGGCGUGGAACAUUUCGGAAG